CCUCAGUCCUAUGCGCUGACGGAGAAGACGCCGCUCCGCGUCUCUGCCCACGACUUGUUGUGGUCGGAAGAGGGCGGACUGCGCUCGUCGCCCCAGUGAGGAGCUCGCCGACUCCUCCAGAGACGUCGGGAUCGCCACUUCACUCCUCCUUCCCGCAGCUCCGGAUCCAGGGAGCGAGGAAUCCCGUCGUUUCGGAGCCGCAGCAACAUCCCACAAGUGGAGCCGCGAUGCUUUAGCUGGGUCUGCAGCACGACGCGGUCGCACCGAGCAUCUUCCCGGACUGAGAUGGAUGUUUUCCGGCUGCUGCUGUUGCUGGGGUCGGUGGUCGGAUCGAACGGGGGACUCGCGGAUGCGAUGGAGGAUGAGACGCGCCGCUGGCGACUGGCGCAUCUCCGCGCGCCUCCUCCUCCUCCUCCUCCUGCCGGGGAGAACAUGGAGGAGCUUCUCCCGCGCGUGGUCACGGCGUUUCUGCACUCGGGCGACACCGCCAGCCUCACGCGCGCCAACUGCUCGCGGAGGUUCGAGCUCACCUCCUUGCGGGGAAGGUCACCGCACGUGUCCAUGAGCCCCGCGCUGGACACGGUCCUCCACGCCAGCAACUUCCUCAGCGCGGUCCAGCAAACCAACAGGUCCAGAGAGCAGAGUCUGCGCGGGGACGUGGAGUGGUACCGCGCGCUGCUCCGGAGCCUCCUGGAGGGAGACGCCAGGAUCCACCGAGCGGUGCUGACUUUCAGCUCCGCGGGGCCGGAGGUGCUGCUCCAAGCGACCAGGGCCGGAGGCGAGAUCGUUCUCCAGGACCUGAGCGGCUCGGAUCACCGUCACCUGCACAACCGCACGGCGGAGGCUCAGGGCUCCCACCGGGACAAGGUGAAGCCCGGCCUCCACAGGAGGAGAGCAGGAAGUUUCAUCCCGGACAAGACUCACGUCCAGUGGUCCGCUCCCUUUCUGGAGUGUGAGAAUGGCAACUUUGUUCCUCGCUGGCUCUUGACCUUGUCGGCCGCUUUCUACGGUCUGACGCCGCACUUGGCUCCAGAGUUCAGGGGCGUGGUGCUGGUGGACGUCAAUCUACAGGAUGUCGAUAUCGACCAGUGCUCCACUGAUGGCUGGUUUGCUGGAACUCAUCGCUGCAACCUGACCACCAUGGAGUGUUUGCCUCUCCGUGGUCAUGGAUUUGUGCUGGACAAGUACAAGUGUCAGUGCAAGAAAGGGUUCUACCACCCGAGCAGACUGGCCGUCAACGGAGUCACAAGAGUGGGGAAGACGGGAGCACCGGCCGACAGUGGUCCCAAUGCAGACGAGGGGUCGUCCAGCGACUGCCUGCCGUGUCAGGAGGGCUGUGCCUUCUGCAAGGACGACACGCCGUGUGUGACUCGGGAGGACUCGGCUCUGCGCCUGGCUGUGCUCUGCUUCCAGUGUCUCUGCAUGCUGGUCAUCUUUGUGAGCAUGGUGCUCAUCUAUAACUUCCGCAGGAACAAGAGCAUCCGAGCGUCCGGUCUGGUCCUGCUGGAGGCCAUCUUGUGUGGAGCUCUGCUGCUCUACUUCCCGGUGGGGAUUCUGUACUUCCAGCCGAGCGUGUUUCGCUGCAUCCUGCUGCGGUGGGUUCGACUGCUGGGCUUCGCCACGGUCUACGGGACACUGACUCUGAAGUUGUACAGGGUUCUGAAGGUGUUCCUGUCCCGCACCGCGCAGAGGAUCCCUUACAUGACCAGCUGGCGCGUGCUGCGUCUGCUGGGCAUCAUCCUGCUGAUCGUCUGCUGGUUCCUGGUGGCCUGGACAUCUGCCGUCUGCCAGAGUCCGGACAGGAAGUUGGCGCUCAUCGACGUUGGCUACACGCCGGACGGGCUGCAGUUCAGCAUGUGCCUGCUGGAUCGCUGGGACUACAUGAUGGCCGUCGCGGAGUUCCUCUUCCUGCUGUGGGCGGUCUACCUGUGCUACGCCGUCCGGACGGUGCCCUCAGCCUUCCACGAGCCUCGAUACAUGGCCAUCGCCGUCCACAACGAGCUGGUCCUCUCUGCCAUAUUCUAUCUCAUCAGGUUCACUCUCGCUCCGGAGCUCCAUCCUGACUGGAUGCUGCUGCUUUUCUUCACGCACACCCACCUGACUGUCACUGUCACUCUGGGUCUGCUUCUCAUUCCGAAGUUCCUGUUUGCCGGGACACACAUGAGGGACGACAUAGCCUCCGAGGCUUACGAAGAUGAGCUGGACAUGGGUCGCUCUGGGUCGUAUCUCAACAGCAGCAUAACGUCGGCAUGGAGCGAGCACAGUCUGGAUCCUGAAGACAUCCGGACACCAGACGAAAUGGGCCAUCUCAGUUCUAUUAAUGGCUGUGGCGUAAGGUCUUGCAACAGUCUAUGGGAAAAACGUACCAAUGAGGAGUUGAAGAAACUCUACUCCCAAUUAGAGAUUUACAAGAGGAAGAAGAUGUUGGCGAACAAUCCGCACCUCCAGAAGAAGCGAAGCUCCAAGAAGGGUUUGGGCCGGUCCCUCAUGAGACGCAUCACUGAGAUUCCAGAGUCCGUGCACCGGCAAUGUAGCCGCGAGGACAAGGACGUAGGCGAACAUGGCAGCAAUCGCAACAGCAUCUGUAUGUUGAAGAAGAAUCCGUUUGAUCAAACUCACCAAGCAAAGCCAGCAAAGGAGGAAACGAUAAAGAAUAAGGUUUUCUCCCUCAAGAAGUCGCACAGCAGCUACGAUCACGUUCGAGACCAAAGCGAAGACUCCAACAGCUCAGCAACAGACAAGAUGGAGGUCACUUCCGCUGAGGGGUCGCUCUUGGAGACCCUAAUGGGCAAGAAGUUGGUCAAGAAAACGUCCAGUGAAAACGUCAAUGCCCCAAGUGAGUCCACGGAAUCUGUCCCGUUGGUGUGCAAGUCAGCUAGUGCCCACAACCUGACUGCGGAUAAGAAACCACUUCACCCCCGGGCCUCCAUGCUCCAGAAGUCACUGAGUGUUAUUGCCAGUGCCAAAGAGAAGACUCUGGGGUUGACAGGAAAGAAUGCAGAGGAGAGCAAUAAGAAGAGUCAGCCAAAGAGCAGAGACCCAAAGCCAAACUUGGAGGCUGAGACAGAAUCCCACCCCAAGACAGGGCUUAGUCAGCCAGGUGAGUCCAAGCAAAAUCCUCCAAAAGGCAGAAUCAUGAAGCAGCCCGGAACUGUGAGCCAACCUCCGGUUAGCAGUGAUCCGGUCAAGGGGAAAGAUUUCUAUGAUCUUUCUGAAGUUUGCCCCUGGGAAGUCGAAGAUAUCCCGACACCAUCUGAAAACAAGGUUCAAAAGCAUGUCUCCAUCGCGCCCAAGGAAUCCACAACCAUCCAUGGGGGCACUAACACCAAGGAAAAGAGGUCUCAGCAGCCGAAACAGAAGGCUCAAUCCCCAUCCAGUGGAAGACAUUCCAAGGAAACUCAGAAAACUGCUGCAGCUCGAACAGAUGUAUGUCCAUGGGAGGAUACUAGUGAGAGCAACAGCAGUCAACCGGAAAUGCCCAAACAACAACCACCAACUCAGUCCGUACAACCGGUGAAGAUCCAACAACCUCCGUCCAAGGCAGAACCCUCCAAAGUUUCCAGGGAAGAUGUUUGUCCUUGGGACUUUGAGGAACCACAAAAGAAAAACGAACUUAGUUGUUCACCAAAAAUGACAAAGCAGACAAAGGGUACCUCACCAGUUGAAGGACAAAGCAGAGGGGCCCUUUCAGACCCAUCCAAAAUAGGAGCAUCACUGCAGCCACCUUCAUCAAAGGCUGAUGUUUGUCCCUGGGACUAUGAAAGCACUGCCGCAUCUCCAACUUCAGGUAGGACGCCCUCUCCUUCCAGUGUCUCUAAAACAAAGGAAUCCCCUUCGAAAAAAAAGGGCGCCUCCUCGCCAAGAACAUUAGAAAGAGAAAAAGACCACGAGGAUGAGAAAAGUAGAACAAAAGUUAAGGAUAAAAGUAAAUCUUCAGAGAAACGCGGCCAACAAAAACUGGCGGAGGUGUGUCCCUGGGAUGUAGAGGGUUGCGACGAUGUCCCCGUAAUUGAGAAACGGAAGACUGCCAGUGUUGGGGCAGUGAAAGCAAAGCCGAUGGAAGUCUGUCCGUGGGAUUUUGAGGAGGUAUCGGACAAGAAAGGAACUGACAAAAGUGCUUCCGCCGCGGAGCAGAGCAGUCCAAAUCCCAAAGCUGCCUCGGCAAGCGCUGCAAGAAAGGCGGAUGUUUGUCCUUGGGACUUUGGCGACGACACAUCGGGCAAAAAGGCGUGACACCCGACCUUGAUGGACCACUGCAAUGAUAGCUAAAGAUAUACAAUUAUUUUCAUUUAAAUUGUUAAAGAUUACAUUUGACUACUAGUAAGGUGACUUGUACGAAAAUCUGAUCCACAAGUUGCCUUUCUUUACGAGAUUUUCCUUUUACGUAUUUGAGGGAAAAAAAAAUCAUAGCAAGCAUUCCAGAUUAUUACGAAGGUAAAUCUUAAACUUAAACAAGAGUAUGCAACUUCUUAUUCUGCUUUCUCAUGUCAUGACGGUUGAAUGGUUUUUGUUAUUUUCUGCAUUGAACUACGGCGAAGGUGAUACGACAAGAUAUUGUAUCAGAGGUUGACCUACCAACAGCAGUGAAAGCCAAAGAAUAAAGGGAACAACUGAGGAGAGGGAUGAUCAUAUAGCUAGAAAACUAGUGUGUGUUUCAACCUUGCAGAGAGGCGAGAGCUAGGAGAAUCAGUCUAAAGCACUUUACCCAAAUUCAUUCACAGAGGAGAGGCUGUUCUCCUCAACCUCAUGAUAUCGAAACUUGAUAUCACACCGACCAAACGUCAUGUUUUCUUCUUUCCGGUCUCUCUACUUGUAGUCCUUGGUAGAUUGAAAUGCUUCCAAGUCUGCAGAGAUGUACUGUAUGUGCCUAACUUACUUAGCAUAGUCUUGUAUCCGUCGGACGGCGUGGCCUCUUCUCCGACGCUUUGUGAAGGUGAACUAUAUUCAGCAUGCACAGCCAGGUAAUGAGAGUCGCUGGUCCGUACUAGAAGACCAGCUCAAGCAGUCAGUGUGUUCAGAAAUGUAUAACGUUGCUCGACUUUAUUUUUAAAGAAGCAGAGGCCUCUCCUGGCCUGUUCUCACAAAAAUUCAGGGUGAAAAACGAAAUCACUGGAGCAGCAUUGACGUGAAUGUGUUUCGAGAUGGUUCAUAUUCACACUUAAAAAACGGGGUGAUAAAGAUACUCAAAGGAUGCAUUUUCCGCGCUUGCUUUUCGCCAUCGGUCCAGCAUGGUUCUUUGUGUUAGUUCGGUGUGUGUAGUGUGUCUCCGCUCUUCCCAUGCAACAACCUGAGAAGCCGCACGUCUCAUUGUUUGCGUUCCUAAAAACCAUGACAUAACAUAGAGAGAGAUUAGUGAAUGGUCCCAGUGAAACUCUGGAGAAAUGAUUCAAUACUGUUUUGACAUUGUGCUCAUGAACAGAGAUCAGAUCGUAGACUAGCAACCUUUCCGUGCCAAUGCAGGUCCCUGUUGUAAUCUACACAGCACGGAAAUGAAUAUUGGAGCCACUAAACGACUUGAGAGAAACAACAUCUUUCAUGAGAUAGAUUUAAAGCUUCUCUGAAGUCAGAAUGAACGAACACAAGCUCCUUUAGUUCUUGUCUGGGACAGCGUGUCAGUCUAUUCUCCUCAUCCAUCCACCUCAUUGGCUGUCUUCUUUUUUCCUGCUGUCUCCAUCGCCAACAUUCAAAUCCGAACCAUAUGGCCUUCCUCACUUGGUCUGUCGCCACUCUGCCUGUACUCUCUUCUUGAGCUCAAAUACUUGAACUGUUUUCACUACCUCCACCCCCACCGUUGACACCCGCCAUCCUGCCUCCCUCUCAUUCACUAAUUCUGUCGACUGACUGCCACUCGCCUUCUCCCUUGCUUAUACUGUACUUCCACCUCUCCUGCUUCUCCUCUCUCUCUCUCUCUCAACAGUCAGUAGAACAUCAACAAUACAAACACUUGGUUGCAGUAUUUCAGGUUAGUGUCAUCUGUAAUUACUGGUUUAUUUACAGUUAAUACAUGGUAAUUACGAUGUUGUUUAGAGUGAACUUUCAGUGACUAUUCCUGGGUAAAUAAUUACUGCCAACGAGCUGCCAAUACACAUUUAAAUUAAUAGUUUAUUUUGGGUGAUAAAUGUUGCGUGACAGAGACCAAUGAACACAACACAGUGUGUCAUUGCAUUACGGUCUCAGUAAUUCAAAACGAAAGACACAGGUUGCUGCUUUUUUAAGAAAUAAAUUUGACAAAUCAGAUGUGACUGAAGCCUUUGGGCGCCAGAUAUUUAUUGAUUUAUUCAACCUUGGCGGUAUACCGUGAAGGAGAACUUAGUAUGACCCAAUGACGGUGAAAAAUUCAUUCAUUUAAUAUGUAUAUUAUGAGAUAGCCAUAGUAAAAUGCACAACUUUUACAGCUGUUCAUCUGAUAUACUAGUGACAUUCUUCUUCAUCUCAAGUUACAACAAUGACCCUCUGUGUGAUCCAUGAGAGUGUGACUAUUACUCUUCUGAAUCUAAUACAAUCUAAUUUGCUCUGUUGCUCUCUGUUUUGCUCCUACUGCGUAACCAAAACCGCCCCUGUCUCUGUGAAGUCCUUUUCCAAGGUCUUAUACUCCAAAACUGUCAUCAAAACACGCGCCAUCUGCCGGUGUAAAGUCGUAACUACAUCUGGCUCCAUAUUUGCAGAUUGGCUUAUUUAAAUGCUGCAAUGUUGCCUGUCGAAAUGUCGUGACUUUGGCGCCCAAAGGUACAAAUGGCUCCUUGAACGUUUCUAUGAUGGUUGAAUGCCAACUUUGUUGCGGGGAGUUUACUGACAGAUGUUUCGGAGUUUGAGGAAGGGUGGGGGUGGAGGGGCAGACGGACGGACGAAAGAGCGCCUUUUUCAUUGGCCCUCCUUAACAGUCUACCUUAAAAGGCAGAGUUCUGCUGGACAGCCGUUGAGGGACCGCUGGCAUUGCGAGUUACGCUCCACUUCCUGGCUCCUAUUUUGCUAAAGCGAUGGGGGAACUGACACUCGUGUUGCAUGGGAGAAUCUACUGCUAGCAUCUACCGUUGUCAUCAUCAUAUUAUCUAGCUUGAUCCAGUUGUUUGAAAAAUGUGUAGGUCAGAUGGCUCGGGUCACCUGCAAGACGUUUUCAGCAUUUUUCAUCAUGUUUUGAGCCACAAAACUGCAAAAAUAAUUUGCGAGGCAGCCUCACCGUAGCCCCUUUAUCAAAUAUACGGAGAGCAGCAAAGCAUUAGCAUUAGCUGUGUGUCACGCACAUCCGCCCUACAAACCCGUCCCUGUCAUUUAUUCCCAUCAUUUCAAGGUCAUUGAGUGGAUCCAGGUGAGCACAAUGUCAAAAACGAAAGCGCGUCCUCUGGAAGACGCUUCACCCUGCCCUCAUUGUUUUCCUGCGUAUCUGUAUUGAAUGUGAACAAGUAGCGUGAUGCAUGCUUGUUUGAGGCUCAAGCCCUCUUUAUUAAUUAUGCUGAUGAUUUUAGAAUUAGGCUUAGCGCGUGGUGAUCAGUCGACGACAUGACUAAACCUUUUGAGGGUUUUUAUUUGUUUAGUGUUUUGUAUCAAAAUGUCUAAAUAUUCAUCACACGCCUGGAUCCCGGGACUUAAGAGAAAAAACGACCAAAAAAAACAACUUGAAGUGAGUUGACGUCAUGUGAGGGAGUCUGUUAAAGCAUUUAUGGUACUUUGAUAACCGCCGCGGCGUGGAACACACGCUUCCACUCAUUGUUGUAAUUACGCCCGAUUGCUGUUGAAAACGAAAUUGCUACCCUGCCGGAGUCAUUAAAAUAAGGAUUUAAUGAAGCGCGGUCACUUAAUCUGGAUGUAAACGCGAUUGGAUGAGGACUAUUUGUAGUUAUUCUGCUCUGAUUAUUGUUCAGAAUGCCAAAGCUGGACGAUAAAUAUGAUUUCUGCCUGGAGAGAAAUUGCCCCCGCCGUUGACCUGUGGGGUUCAGCGGAUAUAUUUCAAGUGCAGAGUGUUUGCCUUACAGCGUGGAUUUGUCAUAACCUCGACUUUAUGAGCUCCCGCAGGGGUUUUAUCUGAGAGGAGCCGCCAGCGUGCGUGGAUUGAUUGUAAUGUUUUGAUGGAUCUCCAUGAUAUUUAUGAACCAGAUGUUGGACGCCAUCCAUCAUAUUGCACUGGGAAGAGGGCGGAAGCUCCCAACGCAUCGGAAAUUCCGACCCCAUGUUGAAGACAACACAGCUUAAAGGGGGAAAAAGGGGAGCCUUAGCUGUGUAUUAGGACUCUAAAUCACUGCCACAGUCAAUUGCCACACUGCCCAGAGUGACAGAUCACACUCAGCGUUUGAUUUAGCUUUGGCUCAUGUUUCCGAGCGAACGUCUUUAUUUCACAUCAUGUCCGCGAAUGUGCCACGUGAGCCCUUCACCUUCUCUUGGAGAUGACGGUCAAGAUGCUGAUUUAGCAGAAUGGUUAUUGCACAAAAUUACUUUCUGUCGAUUUCUGUUCUCACCUAGAAGCCCCUUUCACACAUCAUCAAUCCUCCUCGCUGGCUCCGCAGGAAAGAGUCUGUCCCCGGUCUGCGUCGCCUCUUGAGGGUAUCCCAGAGGCGAGGGGGGGGAGGACGUGGGACAGGGAACGGCGAAAUACCACAUUCAAAAAGUGGACCUUUAGGCAGCCAGACAGCACAGUAAAAUAACUUCACUUCAUGUAGUCCGAAGUGCGAGCUAGAGGAUAGACAACCUGGGUCUAACCUGGGUUUGAUUCAAUAGGUUACACAAAUAACCGUCUGACAACUUGCUCAUCGUUUUGACCAGGUUUAACUCUCAAGUGAGGUUAGAUGAAGGUAGUAUCACAAAGGCGGUUUAUGGUCAACACUUGGGCGACUGGAGGACAUUUGUGUGCAAGAAAUGGUGAAAGUGAAGGUGCUCACGUGUCGAUGGUCCUACUCACUCACACACUCAUCACUAGCUCUUUAGUGUCUCGAAGCAGGACAUUCGUUUUAAUAUUCUUAUCAUAGUCUUACGUUGUUGGUUCCCAAAAUCCCAAAUCCGCGACACAUUCGGUGCAACUAUUAACCGCUGAAUUGUGAGUUUGAACCUGGAAAUAGCUGACUGUAGCAUUCAUCUGUCCGUUCUGAUGUCUGUCUGGAACCGUGAGUCUUCUGUCUGUUUCUCUGGAUGUUUCGACGUAACUGUAUCCUCGAUGGAUCCGUGAAUGUCUCGCCGAGCAGUUGUCCUCGUUGCAUCUUGCCCGAACGUCCUGUCGCUCCAUGUCCACCCGUCAGAUGUCAGUGCACCCCGUUGCCUCGCAGCUUUUACUUUGAACCCACUCUGAUGACCAAACUCCGACGGCGGAUACGACUCCUAUUACUGCUACUACUACUAUUCAAUGCUGUUACGUCGUAAAUCUUUGUGGCUUCUGCAUGAAUUCAAGAAAUUAGUAGGACCAAUGUUUCACUGCCCUUGAUAGAACAAAAAAAAAAAGAUUAAAUGGACUGUUACGAGUCGUAUAGUGAGUGAUUCUGUCUCUAACCCACUGUAUUACGUGCUUGUUAUGCUCUACGACAAGCUUAUAGCAUCAAUAUAUGGGAAUAUUUGGUAGAUUUAUAUUGUGUUAUAUUGUGAUAGCAUGUACAUAAAAGAUACCUCCUCUGCAAUAAAUAUUUAUACAAAAACAAAGUGUGUGCGGCUUCUGGUCAUCGUCCUCACCUCGGCUCUGUUUGCUGGUCCCUCAUCCGGACAAGGAUGAACGCCGGGUCUUUAAAAGCCUCGGGCGUCACAUUCACUUUGGGACGUGCUCGUCUUGGCGACCGUCCUGAAAUGCUUUUACGGCUUCUCGUGGCCGGAAAUCGAUCGGAGCUCCGCCGUGAGUCAAAGAUAAACGAUGGUAUCAAAUGUUGGCGGCAGACCGGCCUGAAGAAGAAGGACGCUCUUCUCUUCUCAUUUUGUAGUGAUCAUUGUGGAAGAUGGUGAAAUUCAUGUAGAUCUUUUGAGAUGAUUGGUGGAUGAGAUCACGGCCAUGUGUGACAGUGAAUGGUCUCCAGGGCAGGGUUGGACUUGGAGACGGGGGGAAAAAUGGAACGACUUUCAUGAUUUAGCGAGAUACGAGUCGCAGGAAGUGAAGAUGAAUCAGAGGAGGGGAGCACGAGGGAAAGAGGGGUAGAGACAAGAGGCGGAGCUAUCAAACAGAACCAGACUGAGACUAGUCCCUGUGUCCAGGUGAGACAUGCAAGGACCGGGGCGAGAGAACAGAAGGUUAAAAUAGCUGUGUUUAGUUUGUUUAUUAGGUUAGUGUGAUCACAAUGGGAGUUGUGUUGUAAUGAAGUCCGUGUUGAGACCGAGACGCAGCUGAACACAGAACAAACUACAUGAUAUGAAGCUAGGUUCGAUGGGAGCCAAGUAAUAAACUGUGAUCAUGAAUGAACCACGCACACACACACAGGGUAAAAUACACAGGAACAACAAUUU